AUGCCGAGGAUGGACGGUCCACGAUUUCGGACCGGUCAGAUGAACCGCUCGAUUCGUACUUUGUCGGACGCUCAGCGCGGCGACCACCCAAUGGACGAGCGGAUGCGUGCAUGCCGAGCGAGCACUUAG